AUGGGGAUAUCAGAGAAAGGGUCGCUUCUACCUGCCCCUCGCACAGUUGCGCCGCGGCCACGAUGGAAGCCUUCCUGGGCGUUCUUCGCACGGGCUGCCGCGCUCAUUAUCGCCAUCAAGCUCUCGUGUGAUGGCAUCAGCAUGCUCGCCGAAGAGCAUGAGACGAUGACUGUCUCAGGUCAAUGCCCUCAAGUCGAGCCACUCUUCCCCAGCCUGACGAGUCCUGCCCUGUCGGAAAUGGAUACAUACAUCACAUCAAUCAGGUUUCGCGACAUAGCAGUCGCACGCCUCGCUGGUGCCGUUCAGGUGCCAUCGCCAUCUUUUGAUGACUUGGGCCCGGUCGGAGAGGACAAGCGCUGGGAUGUCAUGUACGAUCUCGCCGCGUACCUCGAGACGACGUUUCCGCUCCUUCACGACACCCUGGAGCUCGAAAAGGUGAACACACAUGGCCUUUUGUACACAUGGCAGGGUUCAGAUGAGAGCUUGAGCCCUACGGUCUUGAUGGCCCACCAGGAUGUCGUGCCUGUCGCUGAAGCCACCAUCGGACAGUGGACGCACCCGCCUUUCAGUGGCUUCUACGAUGGCCAGUACGUAUGGGGCCGAGGCGCAUCCGACUGCAAGAACAUCCUCAUCGGUAUCAUGGAAGCUGUAGAGCUACUGAUUGGUGCAGGGUUUGAACCGAAGAGAACGCUCAUUCUGUCAUUUGGGUUCGACGAAGAAUCCAAAGGGCUCGAAGGCGCUGGACACCUCGCCCCUGUCUUGGUCGAUCGCUACGGCAAAGAUGGUGCGGCUAUACUGGUGGACGAGGGGAUGGGGACUUCUAGUGUAUGGGGGUCUCACUUCGCCCUCCCUGGCGUCGCUGAAAAGGGGUACAUCGAUGCUGAAAUCAUCAUUCGCAUGCCGGGUGGACACUCAUCAAUCCCUCCCGCGCAUAACGCUAUUGGAGUCAUGUCUGAACUCAUUACAAUGAUCGAGGCAAAUCCCUACGAGCCGCAUUUCCAUCCCGAGAACCCUUACCUGAGUCAGCUUCAAUGCGGAGCCGAACACAGCCCUGAUUUCCCUUCUAGCCUGAAGAAACUAUUGCCCUCCUGGAAGGAAGAAGGGUCCACGACGAAGGAUAAACUUGCACAAGAAGCUGCGAAGGCCGGGGACGAUAUCAAAUACCUGUUCACGACAUCGGUGGCCCCUGAUGUGAUCAGUGGCGGCGUCAAGAGCAAUGCUUUGCCGGAACGCGUCAGGGUCCUAGUCAACCACAGAGUCAACGUCGGCGAUCGCCCGUCAGGUGUCGAGGCGAAGCUGAAGAGUCUGGCGGAGGUGGUUGCCGAGAAGUACAACCUCACGGUGCAGGCUUUCAACGACGAACCAGAAACGCCACGCUCGAUCAAGCUCAACGUCGAGCGGGACGUUCUCGAGUCCGCACCCGUCACGCCGACAUCGGUGGAUGGAGUCACUCCCUACGCCGUGCUCUCCGGAACUUCACGCGCCAUCUACGGUGAGAAGCUGCUGAUCGCGCCCGGCAUGUCCACGGGAAAUACAGAUACGAGGUACUACUGGGACCUGACGAAGCACAUCUUCAGGUACGACCCUGGGUGGGAUCCUGAGGAUGAAGGACUUGGGGGUAUACACACGGUCGACGAGAAGGUCAGCGUGCUGGCUCAUAUCAGCGGUGUGCAGUGGUAUAGCAUGUUCAUCAGGAACAUGGAUGAAGCCGACCUUGCUCGAGCGAAGUAUGUCCUGACGCCAAAGUCAAGGCUCUUUAGUAAGCGGGCAUUGGAUUCUCACUUUCACUUCCGGUUCACGUAUAACUGA